CGGGGCACUCCACGCGUUUUUCACGACGUGAGCAGCACAUCGACGACGAGGACUGCGCGACCGGUGUCACUUUCACCUGGAGGACGAGCUAUCUCGGCGUAUCCGGUACCAAGUACCAUCGUAGACGCGGCGCAAUGACGAGGGGCGCGUUUCCCAGCUCAUCGAUCGCGAUCACCGUCCUCAUCGCCGCUCUCGCGGCGGCCGGACCCGUUCAAUUGCAGACUGGGCCGAACGUGCUGCAACGGGAGGAGUACGGCCCAUCGGCCUUGGCGGAUCUCUUGGCGAGAUACUGGGAGGAACGUAGUGCGGCCAGCCGCAAUUUAAACGGCGUCAGUAGCGGCAACCAUCUGCUGAGGCAGACGCGUCGAGGAUUGGACUCGUUAUCCGGAGCAACCUUCGGUGAGAGCAAGAGGCUCAUACCUCUCAGGCGAGUCGGACCUGCGAACGUGCGGCCAGUCAACUUCGACGAGAUCGACCGGUCGGUGUUCGAUCGUUUCUCCAAGAGGAAUAUCGACGAGAUCGACACCGCGUUCGACAGCUUCUUCAAGCGGAACUUCGACGAGAUCGAUCGGGUCGGCUGGAGCGGAUUCGUCAAGAGGCUCGAUAAUUACUUGGCGGACAGACAGCAGGGACGUUAAAUGGCGCAGGUGUACAUGAAGGGCGAGGCACGAGAGUGGCUUGACGAAGGGAGAGUAACGGGCGAAGGGCGAUGAGAGAGAAGCGCAAGGCACAUCGCGAGACGCGAAAGAAUCGCGCGCGUUCGCCGGCGGACAUUCUUCAACUGGCAAGCGGGAUCGUUCGACGCGAUCUCCUUCUGUUCCUCCACACGUAGAACUGUUGGAUGUAUUUUCAGUCACAGAUAUCGGGUAAAAUGAGGGUCGAGAAGGAAAACGGCACGUUGUCUCGCCAACGACACGUGUCCGCAAAAAUCGAAGAAAGAAAAUCAGAAAAAUCGUCUUCGAUGAUUUCGACGGUGCAUCGCACCGUGCAUACUUCAACACUCAAAAACAUAUAAUUUUAUUCUUGGCGGAAUCUUUUUUACACACACGGUCUCGAGAAGAUUCUUCUAAGACCAAAAGGAAAAUAUUUAAAGAGAAAGAACUCUAAUUGUUUCCUGUAAAGCCACAUUGGGAGAAAGAAAUAUUUAGAAAUUAACAAAUAUUUACUAGGUAAGUACCAUUAGCAUAUUUAUUUAAAUCACAACUUAAAUCAACUUAAACAAUACUCGGUUUAAAUGAAAAGAAUUUUGAUUUAAAUAAAUAUGUUAGUGGUAUCCACCUAAUAAAUAUCUAUUAAUUUUUAGAUAUUUUUUCUCAUCCUUACUGGAAGAAAAGGGCAUUCUUCUCUUUUUAUGCUGCCCUCUUAUUAGAAGAAAUGUCUAUUAAGAACAAGACUUGUACUGCAGAUAAAUGAUGAUAUUUCUCUAGAAUUUAAGAUUAUUGUGCCCGGAAUGUUCUCCUUUUGGUUUUGGAAGAAAGCUCUUGAAGCCACGUAUGUGUGUAUGUAUAAAAAGAUUCCGCUAAAGAUAAGAUUGUACGUUUUUGGGUGAAUUCAGUUCGAUUAACCGUCACCACUGUGUCUAACUAUAAUUCACUUUUAGAGAAAAUUUCUUUUUCUCUCUGAGAUUCUUUUAGGGAGAAUUUUCAAGCAUUAGCUGUCAAGAUCCUCAAUGUUAGAGACAAGAUGCCUGCGACGAACGAGGGCCUAUCGCGAUUUUCGCGGAGCAAAAGCUGAGUUUGCGGUAUCUCAUGCAGAACGUGUGACUGACAGGACAUCCCUUGGUUCUGGAAGACCGUCAACCGAUCGAAAACCGCGUCAAAGCGAGGCGGAAAAUAUGCAGAAUAUUUGGGAGAAUAUACAAAGAAUUUAUUUUGCUUCAUCGCGAACUCACGCGCGAAAGCAGGUUCCACCUGCUGAAUGUACGACGAUCUUCCGGAACGUGUUUGCUCUCCGCGAUGCUUGUCGGCCGCAAAAACAAUCAGACCCACUUCGGAUAUAAGCUCUCACGUACUUCCCGCUGUUGCAGUUCUCGGCGAUUUCUCGAAACACGCUGCGCCGCGCGAGCAACGCUGUUACGCCGUAAUAACGGACGGCGUGUAUAUAUUGUUAAUGUGUAAUUAAUUGUAUAUACUAAAGACGCGCUCGAUGCAAGUCUUGAAGUUGUAACGCGCAAGGAGAGAAAGAGAGAGAGAAAAGAAAAAAGGAAGAAAGCUUAAAUACUCGAUGCGAUCGCGAGGAAAUGGAACGUAACGAAGACGUUUGCGCGCUGUGUUGUUUCCUCGUUCUUGACAAGAUUUCUCGGUCCGAGAGACACUCAGGCGUCUUGAUGUCUUUACACCCGCGAUAUACGCGACUCGACAAAGAUCUCCUCUCCUCGCGAUCCUCCACUCUCACGAAAUCACCCGGGACGCCUCUACGUGCCCGCGUCGUUUCGAAUUCGCGGUUGGUUCGAGAUCGGAUAAUGUGACUACGCGCGAUUCGUCCUACUACUCCUACUUCUCGUAUGCGCUGUCAUUCUGCGUAAAAAAUGUGCUAUCUAAAUAAACGAGUACGAUUAACUGGUAGCCGAGCGAAGAUCCCAUUUUCUUCUACAUCUUCGCCGGCGAGGACGGUCGCGGGAAAACCGUGCGAGACGAAGAGAGAAAAGUCGAGAGAAAGUAAGGAGGAGUGUAGAAGGGAUGUGGAAGCGACUCACCCCAAGAACCAAUUUAAGCCUCACACUUCCACGUCGGCCGGAAGCCAAUGGGUUUCACAUCGGCUGCGGGUCGGGCGUCGUUCAGCAGCUGCACUUCCGGGUAAACGGGCGUACGUGGUCUCUCCUGUCUCUCCGGCGUCGUUACGCGCGGGAGAUCGCAGAGGUCGUACGACUGCGACGCGAUGAACUUAGCGAUAGUGUUCUGCGGCAGAGGAGAGGUGUCCCUGGUCGCCGCGGAAGUGGCGGUCGUGAUCCGCAACUUCUUCGGCGUACGCGGAUGUUCCGAUUGCGGUGGCUGCUUCUUCCUCGCCGCCGUGAGGAUGCUCCUCACCUCCUCGUUGAUGUCAACCGGCGUCUCGAUCCGCACGCUCUUCGUGUUGUAGUCCAUUCGCACGAGCUAUCAAGAAAGCAGUGUUUCGCCUUUCUGUUUCUUUUUACAGACGGAUUUAGAAGCGCGUUCCCUCCCUCGCUGUCUCUUAAGUAGGAGGAGGUAAAAGACUGUAAACUUCUCGACUCUACUGCGACUUUUCUCUCGCGACUUUCUCGAUACAAGAAAUGUAAUCGAUUCGUCGAUGCUACAUACUACGUGUGCAAGAAUCAAGUUGCAAAGAUUAGAAUUAGAAUAGAGAAGAGUGUUUAGAAUUAAUAUUUCUCUCUUGAGAAUUAUAUCACUAUUUAUCGAUGUCAA